UCUCCUAGUCACAUCGCGCCCCAACGACGACGACGAAGUGCGAUAGGCACGGAGUGUGUGCGUGCGAGAGAGAAGGGAGAAGGGAAAGCGCUUGAGGAUGGACAGCAGCCGCGCAACGUCGACGUCGGCGCAUUCGUCAAAGAUGGGAGACACAAAUCCUACUGCGAUCCCUGCAGCGCCCGUCUACGCGGGCAAGGAAAGCAACGAGGGCAAGGCGCCGGAAGCGGGAGAGGCUGGCGACGAGGGCAGGAGGAGCAGGAGCAAGAUUAAGGAUGCUUUCCAAAGCCGCUUGGCUCAUGUUGUCUCGCACGAGGAGGCGACAAUCCCUCUGGCCUGGCAGGCGCUCAACACGGGUCUCGUCGAUGCGCUCAUCUACUCCAAGAGCCAGAUCUGGACGGGCUUCCAAACAGGGAACAUGGUGCAAUUCAGCCAGAAUGUUGCCCAGUACAUGCUGCCCGGCGUCGAGCGGUACCCGCUGCUGACGCUCGAGAGGGCGCUCAGCGUCAUCUCCUUCAUCCUGGGAAGCUUUGUCGGUGCACUGGGCGGCCGCCGAUGGGGAGAUCGCAACCGAUCUUGGCUAAUUGCUUCGAGUCUGCUCCAGUCCUUUGCCCUCUUUGGCGCGGCAGGCAUCCUGCUUAGCCGACCCGAGGACGAGGCGCCCUCGUUCACGUACUGGCCCGGUACGAUUGUCUUGGUCGCCUUCUCGAUGGGCAUGCAGUCGAUCGCUGCGCAGAAGCUCGUCUCACCUGCUUUUGCAACUACGGUCGCAUUCACAGCGACACUGACACAGAUCGCGUCGGACCCUUAUCUCUUCUUUCUUACGCUAUCGCCCAUCGAGAAGCAUCGCGCAAAGCGCCAGCUGCAGCAAUCGACAGCUCUCGAAGAUGGCCCAUCGUCGAACCCCCCACCGCCGAAAAAGCCGACGAUCAGGACGCUUGGCAGGGACCGAAGGCUGCUCGGCAUUUUCGCCCUCUGCACAGGCGCGGGUGUGGCUGAGAUGCUUCUUCAGUCUCACGCUGGCGUACGCGGCGGCUUGGCCAUCGCGGCCGGCUUCAAGCUGGUCCAGUCCCUCCUUUGGCUCGUACCGAGCGGCGAAUGAAACGGGACAAUUCGCAUCCCUCCUUCCUCAUCAGCAAUUUUUCCGCGCAACCUGUGUCGCCCCCUCCGCCACGAUUCCCUAUCCCAGCGCACCCCUGCUCUCCCCUCUUACUCCUCCAACCCCCCCCCCUUUCCCUUUCUUCACAUAGACAAAGUCCUCCCAGAGGUUAGAUGGUGUUUAUGAUAUCCCCCUUGGGUCGCAAUGGUCAUGCACAUUCGGAGAGCAGGGCAGUAUCAUUCUGCGUUGCUCCCCGAGAUAUUUGCAGCA